UUAAAGGAGAAGUGAUAGCCUUAGGGCAGAUAAGCUCCAGGGAGGGAAAAGGGGAGGGAUGAGGAAGAGGAGAGAAAAGCAGGCAGCUCUCUGAGUAAAGAGUCUGACGUGACUUAGAGGCUGCUUGUUUCUGCCUCGCCUCCUUGUCGUGACUUCUUGGGGUUUCCUUAUCGAUGGCAGGCGACUGAAGAAGUUUUGUUUUUGGUUUGGGUGCUUUUAGCCAUGAGUACGGACUGACUAAGGGCCGAGACACCAGAGACGCUGCUGGACAUUUUGCUGUAAGCAGCAUGUUCUCUUGUGUUUUCUGCCAAGCGUACUGUGUCUUUGCUGGUUAUAUUGGGAGACCUUGUACUUGUGGAUGAACUAGUGUAUCCAGGAUGCACUCUUUGUGAAAGUUUCUGCACAGAUAUACAUUGCCCGUGGGUAAAAAAGUGACGAUGUCUUAGCAGCUCUAUAUGAUGACGUUUGUGGCAUGAAACCGGAUCAAACCCAUCUCUCUUUCAUCAUUCCCUCCUCCAUCUCCUUCUCUCACUCUCCAGGGAGGAAGUGCCUUAUCAACGUCGUCGCAUUUAUGAGAAAUGGGCCAGAAGAUUUCUGGCGGCAUUAAGUCGGUGGAUGGUCGUGGAGAAAGUGGCGCCUCCCCGUCAUACCGGCCCACCGCUCAUCGACGGCAGCAUCUUGAGCUGAGAGGCCCAGACUUUUCCAGGCCUCCCAGAUUAGACCUUUUGCUGGACAUGCCAUGUGUUGGGGUGGAGACCCAGCUUCGUCACGCUUGGAACCCUGACGACCGUUCACUCAAUAUUUUCAUCAAAGACGACGAUAAACUGACUUUUCACCGGCACCCUGUAGCUCAGAGCACAGACUGCAUCAGAGGGCGCGUCGGAUACACGCGAGGUCUACAUGUGUGGAACAUUCACUGGCCUGCCCGGCAGAGGGGGACCCACGCUGUGGUUGGGGUGGCAACGGCUGAAGCUCCUUUACAUUCUGUUGGGUACACGGCGUUGGUGGGUUCAGACUCUGAGUCGUGGGGCUGGGAUUUAGGCCGGAACAGGCUGUACCAUGACAGUAAAAACCGGGCCCACAGCUCCCUGCCCUCAUACCCGUGUUUCCUGGAGCCUGAGGAAACAUUCAUCCUACCGGACUCCCUGCUAGUGAUUCUGGACAUGGAUGAAGGAACACUAAGCUUCAUGGUGGAUGGACAGUACCUAGGAGUGGCAUUUCGAGGCCUAAAAGGAAAGAAGCUUUAUCCCAUCGUCAGUGCCGUGUGGGGGCACUGCGAGAUAUCCAUGAGAUACAUCAACGGCUUGGAUCCCGAGCCUCUGCCUCUGAUGGAUCUUUGUCGGCGUGCUGCCCGCCUAGCGUUAGGUCGUGACCGACUUCAGGAGAUUGAGAGACUUCCUCUGCCUCAGUCGCUCAAAAAUUACCUCCAGUACCAGUGACUGACACAAGCAGAGCCAAAGGGGACUAGAAGGAUGUAACAGAGGGGCCUGCAGGGAGCCUUUAGAUGGACGACGCCUGGAUGAAUUUAAGGAGGCACAGACGUCCACACUGGAAGCUCCAUGGCUCACGUGACUCUCCACAUGGAGGGACACAAAGAUGGUAGACGAUCUGAGGGAAGUUCAGGUUUCCAGCUGGACAGAACCACCUUCUCUUUGGUUUAAGCUGCUUUUCCAUUUGUUUUAGAUUUAUGAGUAAAUUAUUGAUGACUGUCCCAUCGGUGUCUCGCCUGUCCAGGAUGAAAGCCCAUCUCCUGAUGCCACUUUGUGGUUAAGCAGUAGAAAGCAGAGACGAUGAGCAACCACUGCCACCUGGUGGUGUGAAACGGAGCAAGAGGAAGCACACUAACCCCAUCCACAGAGGCCUUUCUGACGUGCAGUCAGCGACUGUCACUGCUGCAGGUGUCUGUUCAGAUAGAGGGCGAAGUCUGGGAGGAUUUUAGCAUUGAUGCUUUAUGUGGUCAAGCCUGAAUCCGUCCACCACACAGAACAGACUGAGACGGGCCUGCUGGUCUGUGAAUGUGGUGUAAAACAUCAGUUUGGAAAACGUUUCUGUUGGUUUUAUGCAAACAUCUGUUGAGAGCUGAAACCCUUCAGACUGAUCGAAUUAAUUUUUCUUUAAAUAUUCCCUCAGAAUCCAUUUCAUCGUGAUGCAUGGUGCUUCAUUGAAGCCCCGUCAUUCACAUGUCAUUUUUAGUCUUAAAUUAUCAUAUCUGUCAGUUUUAUUUUUUUGUGCAGCUAACUUCAGGGUUUCAGACAGUGUUGCCAGAUAGACUCACGGUUUUCCAGCCCAAAAGUCAUCUAAAAACUACCAGAUCCCACAAAAAACACCCCAAAAGUUCAUUAUUAGCUGUAAUUAGCCGUAAUUAAUCAUCAGUUAUUUAUUACUUCCCAAUUUAAUUAACAAUAUUACAUCCGCCAUUUUUGCAGUCAGAGCAAAACAUAAAAUAACUGACUCCUAUCAAACUUUAUUAACAAGAAGAUCAAAUGAGCUGACGCCCCCCCCCCCCCCCCACCCACACACACAGACACAAGGACAUAAGAGGAAAAACAAAAAUAAUCAAAUACUAGUGGUUCUGAUCAAAAGUGAAAAUUGGUUUUGGAUUUUUACUUUUUCUGAAUUUAAGAGAAGUAAAAUUUAAUCAAAAACUUGUGAAGCAUAUUAAGGAGUAGUUUAAGUUUUGAAAGCAUGUUCUUGUGAUUAUAAUUUUUUAAGUAUCUUAUUGCUAAAACGUUAAAAACAAAUUCAAAUUACUGGGUUUACUCCAAAAGCUACUUGUUUUUUUCUAAUUUUGUGCAACUUUAAUGGUAAAAAUCCCCCCAAAAACGUAUAUGCAUUCAAAAAAACAAACCUUUAUUUCUUUGAAUAAUAUCAUAAAAUCACAGUUGUUUUCCUAUUGCAGCUGUUCAGUUCAACUUUAUGUCACAUCCGAACAUCAACAUAACAAAUACAUUACAUUAAAUUACAAUACAUCACACCUCCCAGCCUACACUGCAAUUAAACAGGAAAUACGCAAAAUAUGAAAAUUUUUAAGAUAAAAGUGAUAAGAAAAAAAGAUUAGAACCAUAAAUAGAAAUAACAUUUUUAGAACAGAUUCUUUGACACAUACAUAUUUUAUCCGUAGUGGCUCAUGCUGUUUAGGACGAUUACACUGCCUCACCUGCCUCCCCUGAUAACAUGUUCCUGGUUGAAAUGUAUUUUAACAAGGAACUAAAAACCUCCAAACCUGCACAAAUUAUGUUCACCUGCCCAAAGCAAUUUUUGCCCUCAAAGUUUGAAUCAAAUCUGCCCAAUUGGGAAAAAAAAACAAUCUGGCAACACUGGUUUCAGAAGCUUUGAUGGAUAUGAAUCAUAUUUGACUGAGAUUUUUUUAUACGCAACACCAAAUUAAAUCAAGACCAAACUUGGCAAUUUCUUGAAAAUCUGAAAAUGCUUGAGUGUCAUAAAAAAUAGAGAUUUGGGGGGGUUUAAUGCCCUCUGUCGGAACACCAGAACAUGAUGCUAAAGCAGAGAGGACGUGACUCGGUUGUAUCAAAGUGCUACAAGCCGUGAUCCAUCAGGAUCUCCUUUCUGAUCUUUCCAUGAAGAGUCCUGUGUCCGACAGGGCUUUAUGAGAAGACCAAACCUGUUUUUUUUGCUGAAUUGCUGCUGCAACCCUUGUGCUAUCCUAGGCACUUUGACAUUGGGAGUUGGGUCAUCUAGACCCACUAGACAGUGCUCUGAACCAUUUUUCUUUAAUGAUUUGUAAUCUUCACUGGUGUCCAUGGAUUACAUGAAAUCCUCUUCACCUUUAUCCACCUUUGUCAUGGGAGGGAGAACACGUCAAUGUAAGGGUGGGGUCAUAGGAUAGCACAAGGGGUAAGAUCCCAUCCUGGAGCAACACUAAAUGAUCCGCGAAGCAGAAACUCCGAGCCGAAGUUUUUCAUUCGAUUGUCCCGCUGUCUGACCGGUGCUGUCGGCACAGACGGACAACUGUUGUUUGUAGCCCCCCUGCUGUAGCUCACUGGUAGCAGUUAGUGUGUCUCUGCCUCAGAAAGCAGACGGACCCGGUCACAGCACAGGCCACUGUGCGCAGGACACACAGCACAACCGGUGAAUGGAAUACAUACAAUCAAUGCACAACCACAUGUGUGAGCACACACCCUAAAGACCAAUCUAGUUUUAUUUCCUUAAAUGGCUUGAGUCACUUUUUUAUCUUCUGUUUAUAUCCUUCAUUAUUUUAACUAUUAAUGUUAUUAUUAUUAUAAUUAUUGUGAGUGUGAGGUUUGAAUCUGAUGACAAUAGGAUGACAGCAAUGUUUAUUUAUCACAAGCUAGUUGUGUGUUUGUUGAACUGACCUGCGAUGGUCACAUUCAGGUAAAUUUAAUACAAAGAUGCUGGCGAUGAAGGGAAAGAGAAAUCUACUUGUUUCUUCAAUGCUGCUUUAUAUUAUUGUUAUAGUUUUCUUUUCUUUUCUUUUUUUUGUUGUUUUUGCAGACAGCGAAGAUCUUACUUCCUGUUUUAUCAGUUAGGAUGGAGGGAUCACUUGAAGAAAGUAGUAGAAUGUAUGGACUGAUAGUGCAGCUCAGAGGUCAACGGAUGUGAAAUGUGAAUAAAAGCCAAGUGACUUUGA